GUUGUUUGUCAUCUGUUACACACUUGGGCACGCAACUCAUAGGAAGAAAUACCCCUCCACAUUACGGUCCUGUAACUUAGGGUUAGACUUUCUCACAGCUGUCCUUUCACAAGUUUCAUUAUUGUGAUACCCGCGACUCUUCAAAGAACAUAACAUGGAACUUUCAGCCCAGGUCGUGAGACGUGUUACUAGGGAACUACAAGACCUUGUUGCGAACCCCGCAGAGGGUAUUCGAGUAUUCAUUAACGAGCAGAACCUGACAGAUAUCCAGGCGGAGUUUGAUGGGCCACAAGGGACACCAUUUGAGGGAGGCGUUUUCAGAUGCCGCUUAACGUUGCCAGCGGAUUUCCCAGCCUCGCCCCCAAAGGGCUUCUUUGUCACCAAAGUCUUCCAUCCCAACGUGUCGACAACUGGCGAUAUAUGUGUCAACGUGCUAAAGCGCGAUUGGACUAGCGAGACGACGUUGCGACACGUCCUCAUGAUCAUCCGCUGCCUGCUUAUCCAGCCCUUCCCCGAUUCCGCUCUCAACGAGGAGGCGGGUAAGCUCCUGCUCGAGGACUAUGACGAGUACGACAAGCGCGCACGGCUGAUGACCAGCAUCCACGCAAUGUGCGCCGUGAAACGGCCAACGCCCACGCCGCUGACCACCAGCGGCGCCAACGCCGGGGGCACCAGCAGCUCGGACAACACCAAGAAAGAGAAGGAGGGCGCGGCGGAGGGAUCUUCGCCCUCGCUCAAAAAGGCCAAAUCGGAGCAGGGCAAGGCUGCAGCGGCCGCCGCGAACAGCACCCUGGCGAAGGUGAAGAAGGGCCUCAAGCGCCUGUGAGUGGCCGCCUUGACCAGGGAGACAUGGAGCAGUGGUCCCGCGGGUGGCUUUGUACUAGUGCGUUGAUACGUCGGGCGGCUUUGCUAGGCCGCAAGGGGUGAUAUUGUGACGACAUGCACUUGCACUUUGCACAAGUAGCGCAAAGAGAUUACCAGAAAUAGAGCAAAGACGACAUACAUGGGUUUAGGACUGCAGCGACAUAGAGGGUGAUGAUGGUGGUUGUUCGACAUCUGUUCGUACUUAAGUGAGCCAAAACGCUUGUGCAUGAGAGUGGGUCAAGUGCGUAACACGAGAGAGAAAUGCUUUACUGCUUUGGUUGAUGUGGAAUGGACUUGCUGCCCACGAUGCACUUGUCCAUGCAGUACGGCGCCCAGUGGGCAGGUUGUAGGACUUAUUUUCGCUGCAAUGGAACCAUGGGUCGGUGAUCACCACAUCUAGUUAGAUUUAACGUGUUUGUUGCUUGAAUGGCCGUCGAACACGUAAUGCUCGUCAUUGCGAGUGUUGCUACGACGUGCUUGACGGUGUUAGGUAGACUCCCUAGACGGUGCUCAAGAUCGUUGGACAGGACGCACAGGACGCGACACAGAACGCGCCGUUCUUGGCCUGGAGCCUCUUCCGGUUCGCUUUAUGUGGGCCGAUGGUUCGGGCUAGGGCUGGCCUUGGUGCCAGCAGUACACUUAAUGGACUACGGCUACUCAUGACAGUACAUCGUACAACCGUUUCUGAAGUCUGCAGCGUGCCGGCUGUUUGCUUGGGCGCGGCACUUGCUACGCACGACGAGCGCAGCAUUGGCCCUCAAAGGGUUGUAACAUACUUGCCACGAGA